AUGGCGUCUCAAGCGCAGAAGCGCGUUAAUGCCGUGGUUUCCAGGCUCAUUCCGCCCCUGUUACUCGGCGUGACCAUCUACGCUUCUUACGCUGUCACGAAACCGUUAUGCAUUGACUACUUAAUACUUCCAUUACCAUCCUACAACCGAGGCCCGCGAGCCGGCGCUGGCGCUGCGAUUCUCGCGAUCUAUUACGUCCUCCUAAUACCGAUGGUCGUCACUUAUCUAUGCCUCUAUUACUAUGUCUUAUGGAACCCUGGGUACCUACCGCUAGGCACACAGCGAUUACAGGAUGACGAAAAUGAGAAGCACUCGAAGCGCUCCCAUCCGAAGCGCCGUCGCCGGAGAGGCAGCUCGCGCAAAGCUCCGGACCCUGAGAAGACACAGCAACCCGAGGAAGAUGUGGAAAGUGGGGUGCUUGCCAAUGCUGGAAAUGAUCCAUAUCAGCUAGAUCUUUCCGGGCUGGAGAAGUUUUACACAAAAGAUGUUUUUACAGGUCGCACCACUGCCGUGAACUGGGUCGUUGUGUGCGCAAAAUGGAUCACUUCUGCCCUUGGUACAUAUGCCUUCUUGCUGGUUGGAGGCGUGGUAUCGGAGACCUCGUUCAAAUUUUUCAUUCAAUUCGUCUUUUACACUUCCCUGUUCUGCGGCUUUACUCUCAUUGUGUCUGCAUAUUUCACAGCAGAGUUACGGCGUCAGACCGGAGGAGCAAACCCUCAUUGGUGUGUUUGCAUCGGACUGGCUGCCCUGUUCGGCUUCUUCGCAGCAGGAAUGACCCUCAGCUCCGUCCAAAUGGCCCUCUUCAACGUCACAACAAUCGAAAACCUAAACCGCCGCUCAGUCGUCUGGACCCUAGCCGUCCGAGUCCCAGAACAUCUAACCAACAGACUCUGGACAACAGACUCCCCCUGGGCCCCGACCUUCCGCAUGGUCUCCUACCCCCCAGCAACCCCCUCAACACCGGGCAGACCCCAGACCGACGCAUCUACCGGCGAAAAGCACGUCUUCGCAAUUCUCCACACCCUACCAGGCGAAAACCCCUUCGACCUCGGCAGCCCAUUCAAAAACCUCCAACAGGUCAUGGGAUACAGCGUUGCUGAUUGGUUCCUCCCCAUCAAGCAGAGCCCCUGCGCCGACCACAGUAGUAUGGAGAGCGACUUUGCCCUGGGACCCGUUGUCACCCGAUUAAAGCAGGAGGCAGGUCUUGUCCCGCAUGAGAACAGAAAUGGCGCCACUACACAGUCUGCUACGUAG